GAACUGAGCCACCCCACCAAAGAGCAGGCAGACAGCAAGGCACAGAGAGUGAGAGAGAGAAAGACACCCAUUUACAGCUUUACUGCCUUGUUCAGUCCGUCAGACUUGCUCUCACUGCCACCUCUAUCUUAUCCUCUCUUUCUCCUAGUAGUCUAUUUGAAUCUUUCUCUCUCUCUCGCACACAUACUCAUUCAAAUACAUUCAUUCAACUCAGCUCAUUCGCAGGCACGGGUCAGGCAGCCUCACGUUUCACCUUGCUCUGCCUCUGGCUGAGAGGAGAGAGUCCUGCAAGGUGCAGCCAUCACACAGGACACAGGCUCUCAGGACCUGGAUGCUCUAGGACAGUCUAACAAGAUCGAGACGUUUCUUCAGGAUGGAAAUGCAGAGUUUUCAUUCAUCAUUCUGAAGAGCAAACCAGCAGAGCACUAGUUACAAGACCAAAGAGAAACACUCAAAUUUGAAGUUGGUCACUUUUUCUUUUUUUUUUAAAGAUCUUUUACCUUCUCUUCCCAUGUUCCUGCUAACGGGGUCUGUGUGAGGCAGAGCGCCCAGCGAAGACCAGCAUCAUGCCGACUACUUGUGCAAGGUGCACCUUGGGAGUCUGACCCAUCAUGUGCAAAUGGACACCUACUACCGCUGGUCUCCACUUCGACCUCAGCUUCUCUGGCUCAGCCCUCCCUUCUUAUCCUUAUUCCCUGGUAUGCCUAUCCUUGCUCUUUCUGGUUUGCUCUGCUCUUGGAGGUUGCCCACCUGCACUGGGGCAUGACCCCCUUCAUGUGCUGGCACAGGGCACAAACUGCUCUUGGACUCUGGAGCGGCACACACGCAGCUACAACCACCUAGAGGGUGACGUUCGCCUGCGACGCCUCUAUUCCGCCAACAAGUUCUUUCUCUGCAUAGACAAGACGGGCAAGGUGGAUGGCACCCGUCGGAAGAAUUACGCUGACAGUCUGAUGGAAAUCCGAUCUGUCAGUGUGGGAGUUGUCGCCAUCAAAUCUGUCAGCACCGGCCUGUACUUAGCUAUGUCCAAAAAGGGAACACUCUUCGGAUCGGUCAGAUACAACCCCAGCUGCAAGUUCAAAGAACGCAUCGAAGAGAACGGCUAUAACACCUACGCCUCCCUGCGCUGGAAGCACAAGGGGAGGCAGAUGUUCGUGUCGCUGAACGGCCGAGGGAAACCACGCAGAGGCCACAAAGCUAGACGGAGACACCCAUCUACUCAUUUCCUCCCUAUGCUGCCCACAUAGCUGGACUUUUCCGCAUGAGCAAUGCUAUGCCAUCUGCAUUUGAUGGGGACUUAUUAAAUGUUAUUAAGUUCUUGUUUGUCUGUUUUUGUUUUGUUUUGUUUUUCUGAGUACUGUCGCACAGUACAUUAACUUAUUACUCUGUCUUCUGGCUCAACUUAAGACCCAGUAAAGUUUAAAACAAGGCUGUUAAUAUGAUGUACAGGUUAUGUAUUAAUGUUAUUGUUGAGUUAACUAGGCAUUUACUGCAUCUAUUUGUACUCCUAUAUGGUAGAUUUCUAAGAGACAUCACCAACCCAGUCUCACUGGAAAAACGUGCCUCUACCUACGUUUUUACAAAACUCCAAAACCUAUACAUACAAUUCAUCGCAGUUUCCAGCUGGAACGAACACUAGUGGCAGCUUUUAUUCCUUUUCAUAGAAAUUUGUAUCUAUAAUAAAGUACUUUCCACACUAGAAAUGCCUUUUACUUAAGACAAAGAAGACAAAAAAAAAAAACUUUUACCAUAUUGCAUGAUUUGUUGGCUAAUUAAUUUUAAUGUUUACAUCACAUACCAUAUGAGGUCAGUCAAUUCAUUUUUUUUUUUUAAAGAUAUUAAUAAUUUUAUUCAGCAACGACACAUUAAAUUGAUCAAAAGUGACAGUAAAGGCAUAAUGUAAGAAAAGAUUUCUGUUUGAAAUGAACUUUCAUUCAUUAAAAACCUGGAAAAAAAAAAUGUAUCACGUUUUCCACAAGAAACACAAUGGUGUUCAACAUUGAUAAUAAUAAGAAUAAAUGUUUCUCGAGCACCAAAUCAGCGUAUUAGAAUGAUUUCUUAAUAAUUAUGUGACACUGCAGUGUUGACACUCCAGUUACGGUGAACAAGAAUCGGCCCAGUGCUUUACAGCCGUAACAAAUAUACAUGUGCCAGAAUGAUCUACCGGCCACAAUCGGCCCGGAUAACACACGCCGAUGCCGAGUCUGAGCUGCAGGCGCUGCGGGGCAGCCGAGCUUAAUUGGUCCAAUAACUACAUGCUAUCUGGGUGAUGACUGCAAUGAUACUGAAAAUUCAGCUUUUCCAAUACAGGAAUAAAUUACAUUUUAAAAUAUAUUACAAUAGAAAACUUGCCUUUGCUUACACUGUCAGUAGGAUUUAGUGUAUGUUUUAUUCGUUUCAAAAUCGACAGAGAAUUAACCUUUUAGUGCCUCACCUGACAAUUUAUUUCCGAACUGCCGUGAUACGCGCAAGCAGCAACUAAUGUUUCCACAGUCACAUUUGUUUGUUCCGACUAAAACUCGAAGCGCUAUUAGUGCUAUUUCAAUUGGGAAAUGCCGCGAUACGUGCAAAAAGCAAUGUAAUAUCAUUUUGCAAAAAUAUGGCCACAGGCUAAUUUCUUUCAUGAGACUGGGUUGGACAUCACAUCACGAUUGGUGACUGCAUUUUGGAAAAGGAAGCGGUUGUUUGAAAAUUAAAAAAAAAAAAAAAAAAAAAAAAAAAAGGUCCACAACACACUGUUGCAUCUUAAAACAUGAACUUGGAAACUACAGUUAAAUCUCAAAUAUAUUUCUUGUGAUUGGAAUGAUUAAACAAAAAGAAACAUAUUUCUUUUACAUGCAGUGUGAAGGGAACAUAACUAAUUGGUUACUCCACAGAUAGACAAAAAGUCAGGUAAAUGCAAACAGAUUCAGUACUCAGAUCAACUUUUAGCAUAACAGACUUCCUGUAACACUCUGAAAAGAUGUUUUUAUAUCCAUGUGUUCUUCUGUCACAUUAACAUUUUUUCACAACUUGUCGCAAAUUAGAACAUUUAAUAUAUUUCGACCUUUUGAACUCCA